GUUGUGCAACAUUUUGCCUCUCUGACCUGCAUCAAAGUUACAAGUGAGUCUCUCUAUCAGAAAAUAGUGACCUUGUUUGAAACCAAUGAAGUGCCCUGGAGUAAUCUUAUGUCCAUACUCAUGGAUUCUUGUAAUGUUAUGAGGGGAUCAAAGUCAGGACUGGAAACUCACAUUCGGGAGAAAAAAGCUGGGCACCUGUUGGAUGUUGAUGGUGACAUUUGCCACCAUAUCCACAAUGCCGCAAAGGCAUUCUGUAAGCCCUUUGACUGGUUCUUAGAACAGCUGUUGAAUGAUUUGUUCAAUGACAUGAAGUGGUCUCCUGAUUUGAGGGAGAUGUACCAGGAAAUGUGUGAAAUUCUGGGAAUAAAGUACAGUAUACCACAGAGGUUUUUCAGCCACAGGUGGUUGUCUGUGUAUGAUGUGACUGUGGACACCAAUCGGCUGUUUGAUGCAUCAACUGUUUUCUAUUUCCCCAUGUUGAUGAAAGAGGAACACAGACAACAUCUGCCGACAGUGGUAGAAAUCUACAAAAGAUUAAACGUAUCUGAAGCAUCCAAGGAACGGAUACGGGAAAUACACAAGGAACUUGGUCAAAAAAAAUUUACAAAGGAAGGCAGGGAGAGGAAAGACCGCAUCGUCACACAGAUUUUUACACAGAGAAAACAGACAAAAAUGGUGAUGGGCUUGUACUGUUCAGUCUUCCCUCUCCUCAAACACUUUGUACUACUGUUGGAGAUGAAAGAGCCACUCAUCCACCAACUUCAUGAAUCACAGUUAAAGCUGUUUAAGGACUUCCUAGGAUGUUAUGUCAAAGCAGAAGUCAUCAACACAGCAUCAACCGGAGCUCAAUUGAAGAAGCUGGAUCUGAAGCAAGCUAUUAUGAAACCGAAGCAGAUGUUCAUGGGAAGUAAAGCACUGAAACUGAUCCAGAGUCCUUCAACACCGACCUACAUGGUCAAGGAAGCCUACAUCGCCUGUGGGGAUACCCUGCAGAAGAAAUUAGCACUAAGUAACAAGUUUUUGAAGACUGUUUCUGCCCUUCACCCUCAUGCAAGUGGUCACACACUUACUCUUUCUUUGCUCCAGAAGUUACCAGAACUGGCGCCUAAUGUCCUGACAGAGACAGAAGAGGAACUUUAUGAGUUAAAUAUCAGAAAAUACCAGACAGAUCAACAUCCUGAUUUCCCAGAAGGGUCUCGUAUUGAUGAGUGGUGGGGGAAAGAAGAGAUAUGUCUGAAAUAUCUGUGCCUGUCCAAGAUGGCUAAGGCUGUUCUGUCCUGUUUCCAUGGACCCCAGGUUGAAUCUUCCUUCAAUGUAAUGAAUGACGUCAUUGAUGCCAAAUCUGGGAGACUCAACAUUGAAACCUACCAAGCCAUACAAAACAUAAAAUAUGGUUUGAAAGCUUCUGGUAAAUCUGCUGUGGAGUAUUUCAAGAAGAGGGACCAUCUCCAUGAUAAGGUUUAUCACACUCUUGUGAGGAAUGUCAAGCGAUCAUUCAGCCAGUAUAAGGCCAUUCUUGAAGAGAAGAAAUCAGUUGCCACAGAAAAAACAGAAACAGCUGGACAUUAG